GUACAGUCCAUGUACACUCUCGUACUUGCAGUCUAGAGGCAUUAUUGAAUCCAUUCGCAUAAUAGUAAUAAUACAAGUGGAGUGUACGUCGGCGGAAGCAAAGUGUUAUGUGAGCGGCUGAGCGCUUCUUCUCUGAACGAGGAUGGAAGGUUAUCACACGAGUUUAGGUCCCCCUCGCAGUGAUUGAUCCCCGUAAACAGGUGCAUUUCGAUUCAAUUCAACGCCGAUUAGCGGGCGUUGCGUCGUCGAUUACGCUUGUUGAAUGAGAAGCUGGGAAAGUGCGUAGGUCGCAAUGAUAGUGCGUUAAGUGAGUUAAGUGAAGAUGUGGUGCAGGUGUGUGGCUCUUUGAUUGGGAGAGCAGCGGAGAGCAAAAAGUGCGGAAUUUUGGCUCGUGCGAAGCAUGAGUGUUUACAACGCGGCGGGUGUCGCAUCGCCCGAGGGUGCGGACGAUUGGGUUGAAUUUUGUGUCGGACACGCCCGCGCCUCAGCUUCUGACUUUGCCAAAGCUUUCUGCACCUACGUAAGUCUCAACCUCCCCGAGAGCGCUAGGGCCACCCUCUCUCAUCGGGAUUUUCUCAGGAAGUUUGUCGAGACGUUCUGCGAGCACUUCGAGACUGAGUACUUGCGACGUAGCGCCAGAUCAUCUUCGACAUGUGAGGCUCGAACCCCGACUGUGAACGAAGGAAACACGAAUAAUACAACCAAUCAAAACAACAGAGCUCCAAUCAGAGCCCAUUCCCACGAGGAAUUUAGCGAUUACUCUGAACAGGAUGAAAAUGCUGUCUCUCCAAAACCCGCGCACAAACCAUUUUUUCGCCGCCUCUCAUUCAAGGGUCUGAAAAAGGGGAAAGGACUUUUCCACAAACAACAAAGUGACGAGGUGGAAUUGUCGCACAACGAUCAACGGCGAGACAAACAUUCGAAGGCCAAACUCUCGAAAAUUGUCGUGGAAUGCAGAAAAGAGGGAAUUGUGAAUUCCCUGAUGGGCGAAAACAUCGAUGGGACGCAGAAAUGGGAAAAGUCCCGAUUGGCUUUGAUCAAAGCGAUUGGUGGCUACAUGCUCGAAUUUUAUUCACCACCGAAAGCAGUAAAGCCAAGAAGUGGCGUUUUCUGUUCCGAUAUUGUUGAGGCCCGGGAAACUACGGCUCUUGAGAUGCCCGAUCACGAGAAUACCUUUGUCCUGAAAACGGAAAAAAUGGAAUUUGUGAUCGAGGCGCAUGAUUCGAAUGACAUGAGAUCGUGGCUGGCUACGAUUAAGUACUGCAUGCGAUCAGGACAGCUGGGAACGAUUCCUCCGGGUCCGGGUGGGAACGACUCGGCGGAUCUGAUUCAUGGAUCCAUGCCGAUGAACAUUGAGGGCGAUAGACUGAGAGCUAAUUCGGCGAGCAAAAGUUCUCGAUCCAUGCAUGAUCAUGUUGACGAGCAAGGAAAUGCGCCAGAGUUACCUCCGCGACUUAGAACUCAGAGCAAUAGCAAUUUAGAGCUCUGCUCGUCACAACAAGAAAUUGAGCAAAUUUCUGGAAAUGACGGAGAGCUCGAUUUGUCUAGCAGUCUUCGUGAAUAUCCCUGGUUUCAUGGAACCCUUCCUCGGUCAGACGCAGCCCAAUUGGUUUUGCAUAGUGCUGCGAAUGGUCACGGCGUUUUUCUUGUUCGGCAGAGCGAGACCAGAAAAGGAGAGUUUGUUCUCACUUUUAAUUUCCAGGGUCGAGCAAAGCAUUUGCGAAUGACACUGAAUGACCAAGGACACUGUCGGGUGCAGCACCUUUGCUUCCCAGCAAUUUACGAUAUGCUCGAGCACUUUCGACAAAAUGCCAUACCACUAGAAUCGGGUGGGACAGCCGAUGUCACACUUACGGAGUAUGUAGUGUCGAAUCCAGCUGGCAGAAGUGCACACAAUCAUGGAGCAACUGGAGCAACUGGAACAGUUGGAGCCGCCGGAGCAGCCGUUCAACAAGCGCAAGAAAGAAGGCCCGUUGUCGCCGCUCCCGAGCCAAGAGAAGUUCAGACUUAUGGCGGGGCUAUAAGAAUUCGAGCUGAGUCUCUGGAACGACUGGAACAGCAAACUUUGAAUUUGGAACAGGCCGCAGCAGCAAGUGGAAGAGCUGUGCAAAAUGCCUACAGUUUUCUUUGACGCUGGAUGCGCAGCAAUUUGCCACCAGGAUAUCAUCCGGUUAGUUCUCCAGACUGAAAUUUCCCUUUUCCAGAAGUCAAAGAUAGACUUAAACCCAGUGUUAUUUGCUUCCAAAGUCAAAUUUUUUUUUUAUUCUUGUGUGAUGAGGAAACAAGAAACGGUAUAGUUGAACCAAAUUUAUAUUAAAAAAAAAGUAAUGCGAAUAACAAAACUAAUAGAGGGUGUCUAUUCACCUGGAAAAAAUGGAUUUUUUUUAUAUACAAACUUGGAGAAACUUAGAAAUAUCAGGAAAUUGUUUUAAAUUGGAAUAUAAAAUGAAAUAACAAUUCUUUUUCAUUCGUAAAAGUAACUUUCGCAGUACUGGAUUUAUACGGAUUUAAAUCAAACUUCUUUUUAUUAUUUAAUCUAUGGAGAUGAAAUAAAUAUUUGUUUAAAUGAUUUUUGGAAAUUAUGGACGUUAGGAACUAUAGGAAAUUAUUAAUGAUGUUUUUACAGGGAUCACAGUGCGAACGGAGAUCAAAAAAGGGGAUAAGCAUUAAUUUUUAUAUUUCGAAAAGAAGAUACAAUAUUCUUAUAAGAAAUUUUCUAUUAACAAAAAAAUGUUAAAUGAGCUGGAAUUUUUUUAAAUUUUAUAAAUUUCCUACUGAGAGUCCAUUAGAUGUCUAUUAAUUUUCCAAAAAGCAUAUUUCACAAUAGCGACCCGUUUUAGAAAAAAAAAGAUUUUUCCAAAAAUUAUGUUUUAUGGAUUGAAAUUUUUAUUUAUUAAAUUCUCAUGUUGUAUUCAACGGUGGGAAAUU